AGACAAUGUUGGGGGCUUGGAAGAGCAGCAGUCUUGCCACAGCUUGGGUGUUGGAAGAGCUCUUCCUUAUCUUCCCUCCAGUUCUCCUGGUCAUGUUGAGUCUGUUACUUCAGUCUCUGCAUCAGAAUUGCCACCGCUUAUGCAGACGCCCCUCACAGUUCCUGGAUUGCAUGUACCUACCACUCCAGAGGUCAAAGAAUUUUCUGCUACUGAACCAGCCAAAGUAGAACCAAAACUGGAAACAUAUAAUGAGCCGCUUCAUAAAAUUGGUACAACGGAAUCCUGUAAAUAUGGCACAAACCACAUUCCUAUCUGCUGCCGCAGUGAAGCUGUCUAUCAGUACCACGUCACAUUCACUCCAAAUGUUGAGUCAAUGGCCAUGCGUUUUGGCAUGAUGAAAGAUCACCACUCAACCACAGGAGAAGUAAUGGCUUUUGACGGCACCAUACUCUACCUGCCUGUUAAACUGAAUGACGAGGUCUUUCUCAAGAGUGUGAGACGGACUGAUAACGAAGAAAUACAGAUCAAAAUCCAAAUGACGAAGAUUCUGCCACCCAGCUCGGACUUGUGCAUCCCCUUCUACAAUGUGGUGCUGAGGAGGGUUAUGAAAAUCAUUGGCCUGAAGCUGGUGGGGCGAAAUCAUUAUGAUCCAGAAAGUGCAGUCAUUCUUGGAAAACAAGGGCUGCAGGUGUGGCCAGGCUAUUCAACCAGUAUUAAACACACAGAUGGAGGCCUACACCUGUGUGUGGACGUCUCCCACAAGGUGUUGCGGAAUGAUUCUGUGCUGGACGUCAUGAACAUGCUGUACCAGCAGACCAAAGAGAACUUCCAAGACGAAUGCACCAAGGACCUCGUUGGCAGCAUUGUCAUAACACGCUACAACAACCGUACCUAUCGCAUUGAUGCUAUUGAGUGGAACAAGUCACCCAAAGACGUGUUCACUUUGACGGAUGGCACAAAAACCAACUUUGUGGACUACUACAGCAAGAACUAUGGGAUUACAAUCAAAGACAUGGACCAGCCUUUGCUUCUGCAUCGGCCAAAGGAGAGAUCCAAGCCGGGAGAAAAGCAAAUUGUUACGAGAGACAUCCUUUUGGUACCAGAGCUUUCCUUUAUGACGGGCAUUCCUGAGAAAAUGAGGAAGGACCCCAGAGCUAUGAAGGACCUGACAAUGCACAUUAAUGUGAGCAGCGAGCAGCACACCCACUCCAUAAAGCAGCUACUGAAAAAUAUCAGCUCCAACCCUGAAAGUCGGAAAGAGUUCAGCAAAUGGGGACUGGAGAUUGGCUCCGAAAUCCUACUGAUAAAAGGUAGAACUCUGCCCCUCGAGACCAUCUGUCUGCAGUCGUCAUUCUUUGCCACCGGUGCUGAUGUAUCCUGGUCUAGAGAGGUAGUGAGGGAUGCUUCAAUCAGCUCAAUCCCUUUGAACAUCUGGGCCAUCAUUUAUCCUCACCGCUUUGCUGAACAGGCCGAAGAGCUGGUUUCCACCUUUAAAAAGGUGGGUGGGCCUAUUGGCAUACGAAUUGAGCGGCCCAUUCACGUGCCGUUGAGGGAUGAUCACACUGAGACCUAUGUCAAGAGCAUCCACUCCCAGCUCAUCAGUAAGCCAAACAUGCAGCUAGUUGUGUGCAUUAUUGUUGGCAACAGGGAUGACCUCUACAGUGCCAUCAAGAAGCUUUGCUGUGUGAAGAGUCCCAUCCCCUCUCAGGCAAUCAAUAUUAGGACCAUCUCCCAGCCACAGAAAUUGAGGUCUAUUGCCCAAAAAAUACUGCUGCAGGUGAACAGUAAACUGGGUGGUGAGCUGUGGACUGUCAAGAUCCCUCUGAAAAACUUGAUGGUGGUUGGAGUUGAUGUCCACCAUGACACAAGCAAAAUACAUCAGUCUGUCAUGGGCUUCGUCGCCAGUGUAAACAGCUCACUGACCAGGUGGUACUCUAAAGUGACUUUCCAGACACCAAACGAGGAACUGAUCAGUGGCUUUAGGGUGUGUUUAUUGGCUGCUCUGACCAAGUACCAUGAGGUGAACCACACCUUGCCCGACAAGAUUGUGGUGUAUCGGGAUGGUGUGUCAGAUGGCCAGCUGAAUAUGGUAGAGCAGUACGAGAUCCCACAGCUGAUCAACAGCUUUAAAACCUUUCCAAACUAUGAGCCAAAGCUGGUAUUCAUUGUGGUUCAAAAGCGCAUCAACACCACUUUGUACUCCUGUAUUUCCAAAAACUUUGGCACCCCACAACCUGGGACUGUCCUGGACCACACCGUCACCCAAGGAAAAUGGGUGGACUUCUUUUUGAUGGCACAUCACAUUCGUCAGGGCUGUGGACUUCCAACACACUACAUCUCUUUGUACAACACGGCCAACCUCACUCCAGACCAUCUGCAAAGGCUGACAUUCAAGAUGUGUCACUUGUACUGGAACUGGCCCGGCACCAUUCGUGUUCCAGCACCAUGCAAGUACGCCCACAAACUGGCUUACCUGUCUGGCCAGUACCUACACUCAGAGCCAUCCAUCAACCUGUCAGACAAGCUCUUCUUCCUUUGAGCUGCUGUAGUUAUAACCUCACCUUCCCUAAGCUGGGAUAACAGUUUCUACUGGAAAAGCAGAAAUGACAGAGAAGUC